CGGGCCGUGUGGCGGGGCCGGGCCGUGUGGCCGGGCGGGGUUGUGUGGCGGGGCCGGGCUCUGUGGCGGUCCCGCCCCGCAGCUUUAAGCGGACGGCGGCGGGCGCGGGCCCCGCGGCGGCGAUGGCGCUGCGCUGCGUGCUGCUGCUGCUCUGCGGAGCCGCGCUGGGACCCGCCGUGCACCUGGACUUCGCCGAGCACCGCAGCCAGGCCGCCAAGAUCAAGGUCAACCCCCGCGGCAACCUCUGGGCCACAGGUCACUUCAUGGGGAAGAAGAGCGUCACAGGCUCCCAACACCUGGAGGCUGCCGAGGAGCCUGCAGUGCCAGUGGUCUUCGGUCCCUCUCUCCGAGCCCUGCUGGAGGACAUGAUGGAACUGCUGACCCGGGAGCUCCUGAAAAUCCUCUUGCAAGAAAGGCUACUGGAUGAGAACCAAGGGAAAUACGACCUCACUGGCCAGGAGACAGGGCUUUUAACAAAGGUGCUGGAGAAGUACUUCUCAAACUGAAGAGAUGGGGAGGAUGAGGUCUGCAAGGUCAGCUGUGCCUGGUGAACAGAGGAGAGCAUCGUCCUUGUGGGUUUCUACAGCAACAUCACUUUUAUUUAUUUCUGAAAUAUUGUUAAUAGUGAUGGUGUGUGUGAAGGUGGAGCCUCCCUGUAUAGUUCCUGUAUGUUUUGUGUUUCCUUGACAUCUGAUGUGCCUGUGUGAAUAAAACUGGUUCUUUGCACAGA